AUGAGCCAGAAGUCCUACGUCGACACCCGACUCUUCAAGUUGGAGAUCCCGGAGGGGGCCAAUGACGAUGAGCUAGCAAGUGAGGACCUGGUCGCAGAUAACCGAAGUCUGGUUGGAGCUUUGUCUUGGCUGUCGGCACAGACAAGACCAGAUCUGACCUGCGCCGUGAGUAUGGCGCAGCAGUUGCAGAAGUGCCCGACUGUUGGGGACCUCAAGUUCUCCCACUCCACCGCGAGGAAGGCCCUGGACUUCAAGGACGAGGGCCUGCGCUUCAAGCCGCUCGACAUCGAGGACAUGGUUGUCCUGGUGUACCACGACGCCGGUUGGGCGAACGCCAAGGACACGGAACACGACGAGCCCUACUUCGAGCUCACCGCAGAGGACAAGGUGGCUUCGCAGCUCGGCGACCUCGUCUUGUUUGCGGACAAGAAGUGCCUGGCCGGGAACCCCAGCGACUUCACCGUCGCUGACUGGAAGUCGCGGGCCUGCGUGGAGGGCCUGGAGGCAGGGCAACAUGUGAGAGCCCUUUUUGAGACCCUGCUGAGUGGCGACCUCGUGAAGGUCGAAAAG